CUCCACCACAGUAAGAUAUGUUACGUAUGAGUUUAAAAAUCACACAGACAGAUUAGGCCUCCAUUUCAAAAUAAAGCAUUUUCCUACAUAAAGGCAUCACUCAUUUAAAAACAAUAGAGAAAGGGAUUUAAGGGAGAAAAGGAAUUUAGCUCAUAAUUUCAUUUUCAUAUACUGAAUAGAGCUGGGGGGGGUUUCUUCCCCUUCAUAUUAAAAUGAAACGUUGUUAUCCUAGGUGAAGGCGGGAGAGGCACGGCUCCUUCCUGAAAGGACUAGACGAGGAAAUUUAGGGAGUUCAUCGACUUCCUCUACCUCAAAGUCAGAACAGUUUAACCAUAAGGAGCUCGAUCAGGGGAUCAAGAUCAAGAUCGCAGCAUAUAGUGCUCUCGUCCAGAGACGUCCAGGAACGAGUCGUGCCAGCUUACCUUACUGGAAAUAUUGAGGACUCCCUCCACAUUUCUCUCCAAUGUCCGCCUCAGCCAUACUGUUUCGGUCAGUCCUGUAACGAGACGAAGGCACUGAAAACAAAAAGGAGUGGGUUAUAUUGGUUGUAAUGGGCAGAAGCUAAACGGCAGUUUCCGGUGAGACACUGUCACUCCAACACAACUGAAACGAGAGGUCACAAUUAUCUGGGUCCCUGUUUGGUCUCAUGAAAACCUAUUUAAGCUCACCUCGGACGGCUCUCAGAAUGUUUGCUGCGGAUCUUCUGGUGUUCAGCUCUAUUCUGUCAGCUGCUUGCUGUCAGACAAUUCUGAAAGUGUCGGUCCCCAAAACCCUGAACAGCACCAGCGGCUCCUGCCUUCUGAUCCCCUGCCUAUUCGACAUUAAGAAGGAGAAGGAAAACCUUCUUGACAGUUCAGCGGUAACAUGGAGACGAGGAUCUCUCUGGUCACUCUAUGAUACACCUAAUUUCAACGAUGCUCAAGCUCAGAAAGAACCUGCGGUGGAAGUGGUGGGUGAGCUGCGACAGAAGAACUGCACUUCAGUCAUGAGGAACCUCAGCAGCCAGCAUUCAGACCGUUACUACUUUAGGAUUGAAACUUCUUUAGGAUUAAAGAACUUCUCUAUGACUGACACAAAAGCUGUUUAUAUAAAUGUGUCAGAUUCUUUGGCUAAGCCGACUGUAACAAUGCCGGUGCUCAGGGAGGGUGAGAGGGUGAAUCUGACCUGCACUGCUCCGGCUCCCUGCCCCAGUCACCCUCCAAAUGUAAAAUGGGCUCCGGCAUUAGGUGAUGAAAUAACACAGACAACGCUGAACGCUGAUGGGACUCUGAGUGUUUCAGCCAUCUUGAGUUUCGUCCCGUCCUUACACCAUCAUGAGCUGAAAGUGAACUGUGUUUCCAUCCAUCCCCUACACAGAGAGGACAAGCCACUGCUCAGCGCCAAGACCGUCACCCUCAGUGUGGAGUAUCCUCCUAAGAAAACGUGGAUUUCUCUCACGGGCUCGGUCUGGCUUGGUAGUAAUGUGACCCUCGCCUGUCAAAGUAACGCCAACCCUCCGGCGACCCACAGGUGGCUCAUUAAGAGGGCAGGUGUAGAGGAAGAACUGGGCAUCUCAGACGUGCUUGCCUUCACUGCAACCCAAGAGCACACUGGGGAAUAUAUCUGUUGGGCACAGAAUCCGUACGGUGCAAUGAACUCCACAAACCUGCAGAUCACUGUCCCGGGGAUAUCCUUCACUGCUUUCCUCUCAGUUUUGGCAGCGUUAACAUGUCUUGUACUUGCACUUCUUUUUAUCGUGAUUUACAGGAGGUAUAAAGAACCAAUCAGAAAUGAUACAAGUCAAGAUGAGAAUAUUUAUGCCAAUAUGUCUACAAGUGCAGUGAAAAGCCAGCAGUUUCAACCAAAGCCAUGUGAAGACGAGAUGACCUGCAACAUUAACCCUAUAUACAAAUUAAAACAGACUACCCCAGACGAAAGCAUCUACGCAAACUAUUAAAGUGAAAAGUAGCAUGUUUUAAACACCCGUUCAUGAAUCACCGCUGAACAGUUCGUCUCUGCCUGUCAGUUGUGACCAUUUUAUCAUUUUCAGUAUUAGCAUAUUUACACUUCCCAAAAAUGAUGAUGUUCAGCACCAUAUCCUUCAUAGUUCCUUUCUCUUUUCAAAAUAUGUUAGUUCUCCAAUACCUCUGAAUCUACACUGAACUACCUGUAUCUUUAACUUCUUUUUUAAUGUGACACAAUCCUUCGGUUCACACGAUUGAAGAAUAUUUUCAUUCAUGAAUACUAUAACUAGUAUAGCACGGUGUAAGGUCAAUGAUCAAGAGUCCUUGAAGAAAUUCCUAAAGGCACAGAAGCACUGAUUGUUGAUUGUUAUCAAGGUUUGUAGGUCACCAUGACAACAGGAGUCUGCUGAUUGGUCGGUUUUAGAUGUCUUACAUUCAUCACAUGAGUCACAUGGUCUCUACUCUCUCUGUUUUUCCCUCUAUAUUUCUCUUUCUCUCUUUUUCGGACACAUAUAGUGUGUAUAUUUUGUAUCGUCCUUAAUAUACUUUCUAAGUGUAACCAUAACAAAUAUUUCAUAAAGAGCAGUAGACUACUGAAGAGUAAAACUAUUCGGUAAGGGUUGAUGAUUGGCUGAAAACCAUGAAGACUAACAUACAUUACUUAAUUUAAAAAAAAGGUGCACUCUUCAGCGCAAUGGUUUCUCUGUUAAGUAAAUAUAGGUGUGCUUGUAGCCUACAAUGCUAUGAAAUAUAUAUAAUGCAAACAAAAUAUUAGAAAUAUAUAGUUCUGUAUGCACUGCAUAAGUCAAUAUAUGUUCAUUCUGUAUCUCUCAUCCCAUGUAUAUCUACAUUUUAUAAAGUGUAUUACUUUUUCUGUCAUUAAAAAUGAUGCGGUGAUUUUUGCUUGCAGUACCAACCCCGGCCACCAGGCGCCACUACUAAA